ACAUUGUGUGGGAAAAGUGACUUUUCCUCCGUUCGUCUUCAGCUGAGAGUUAGUAACAGAUCUCGCCCUGCUUUCUCCGCAAAACACGCGAUGGAGGAGCCGAGUAGCUGACGUUCUCCUUUCGCCUCUUCUUGCACGCUUUCGUCCGUCGCUGCGCUCCUCCACCCCGGCUCCAUCAGCGGCUUCCUGGACUUUUGCGCUCGCUGUCUGACUUCAGGGAUGAAGUUCGUCAUCGGCAUCGGCGGGGUAACAAACGGGGGUAAAACUACCCUUACUAACAAGUUAAUGGAAAACUUGCCCCACUGCUGUGUCGUUCAUCAAGACGACUUUUUCAAGCCCCAAGAUCAGAUUGAAGUGGGUGAAGAUGGCUUUAAGCAGUAUGAUGUGAUCGCCGCUCUGGACAUGGAGGCGAUGAUGAGCACCAUCCACGCCUGGCUUGAGAACCCGUCGAAGUUCGAGCGGUCACAUGGCAUCGGCAGCGCUUCAGAAAGGGAGGGGGCCCCGCAGACGUCGGACGCGGAGGUCCACAUCCUUAUCGUGGAGGGAUUUCUGCUCUACACGCACGGACCUUUGAUCGACGUUUUUGACCAGCGCUACUUCAUUUACCUCCCGUAUGAAGAGUGCAGGAAGAGGAGGGGGUCAAGGAAAUACCUGGUGCCAGACCCACCAGGACUGUUUGAUGGUCACGUGUGGCCCAUGUAUCUAAAACACAAGGCCAUCAUGGAGGAGACUGGGGUUGAUGUUGUGCAGCUGGAUGGGACCAUGGCAAGACAGCAGCUGUAUAAUGCAGUCUUUGGAGAGAUACAAAAUGCUAUCCAAAUGCGACUGCAGUGAACGAGGGUGAGGCGGACGUGCUGGAGGGUCUCCACUGGAGAGAUUCAGACAGCCUGCUGGAGAAAACAGCCACUAAUCCACUCAAACCACCAGCAGUCCUAUGGCUACUGAGGUAAGACUUGAAAUGAGGGCAAAACAUCUGUUUAAGAAAACAAAAUUCCACCAACUACUUUCCUUCAGAAGUCAACAAAACAGUACCUUCCGCUCUCCCAUAUACAUGCAAAACACAACCGCAAAGGCGGGCAAAAGUGGUUUAAUUAAAUUCUCCUUUUUCAUUGAAUGUGAAAUGACAUGUCAAAUUAAAGUAUUUUUUUGUGUCCCCCCAUAAAAUAUAAAUCAUAUUUAGGCGAAACUGACGACAGCUUUUCUGUGGACAGAAAAUACAAUCGGCAAUAGCAUGAGCCCAUUUGGCUUAGUAUUUGAAAACAUUUUGUGUUGAUUAUUUACUUCUCAUUUGUCACCCCUCUUUGUUGUGAAAUAAAGAUAUUUUAUAUCAGGUCCAGAAAUUAGUGGCUCCGUUACAUUUCAUUGAUCAAAAUGACGAGUAUUAAAGCACUUCCACAUAUUAAAGACAAUUAUUUGCUUCACUCAAAACUCUUAUAUAAAUAAAUACAUAAAUAUGGUGUUACCUUUUCGUCCGAAGUAACAAACCAUAUUUUAUGGAUAUAUAAUUUGACUAUGAAUGCAUCUGGAAGAUUGCCUUCUGAAGGUUUUUUUUUUUUUAAUGUAUUUGGGUUAUAUGUUGAUGAAAUAUUUCAGGUCCACUUCAGCUCUAAGGUUUGAGAAAAAAUUACGGUGCAAGAAUAGGCGGUCGAGAGACUGAAGCCAUGCUCUUAGCUGGCCGUUUUUUUUAUUGGAGAGUUCCUUCAGCUCCAGAGAGAGCCGAGGUCACCCUACUUGUCACCAGGGUGAUUCAUUGUUUACUUAGACAGAACGACAGCCGUCUUCUUCCACCGCUUGCUGCUGAAUAUCUGUGGAGUCGGUGGCUUGUUUUUCCCUCACAGCUGAAGCCAUAAACGGAGAAGCAAGUUUAAAUGAGAACCAUGAAUCGUGGGGGCGAGGAGGGGGGUGCGGAACAACACUGACCUCAAAAUCCUCUGCUUCCGCAGUCCUGUCUGGCUUCUCAAAUACUCCCUGUGCCCCCUGAACUCAAGUCUGGCGUGUCUGAGGUUUGAGUUCAGUCUCCCACAAGGGUAAUUUCUAAAUCCAAAAGAACGUAAACCAGAAGUACAGUAAAUGGCAUUGGCUGGGAGCCAUUUCCUGUCUGUAGUAAGAUUAAAAAUAGACAGUUUAUAGAAAGCUGAGAAGGGAGAUGAGGUAGGCCAAUAAUAUUUUUCUUCAAAAAAGAAAUUCAUCUUACAUUUUGUCAACAAAAAUGCCAGGAUUGUUUAAUCUUCAACGUUAAAAUUAUGUGGUAUGUGCCCCAAAAAUUGGAAAAUUAUUGGUAUUUUGCAAAAUGUGAUGCUUUUUAAAGGUAAUGUAUACUCAAAGAAAAUGUUUAAUGACAUUUCUCUUCUAUGCCAACAGCUUUGGUCCUGGGUACUUAUAGGAUUUCAGCACUGCAACACCUUGAUUGACAGACAAUUAAAACUGAUUUUUUUGUUUGAAUCUCUGUGUUUAUCGAGUGGAAACAACACUAAUAAAUGGAAUAAUAAAACAUU